AUGCUGUGGACAGCCCUCGCCGUCGUGAGUAUGGCGCUCUCGAGCCUCGCCACGGGCCUCACGAUGGUCCGUCUGCGCCGCAGUUGGGACCUGCACGUGUCGAGCGUCCGGUGGCUCUUUUUCUACCUCUUUGCGUCGCUGUGGCUCUGGAGCACCACGCGCGUGCUGUACCUGCUAUGGGUGAGCGUCGACCCCAUUGAGACGUCCAUGUCGGACCACGCGUCGUCGGCGUCGACGGCCGACGAGGUCGUGUACGACCGCUACAGCCGCAUGGGCAUUUACACGGUCCUGCAGCUCGAAGAGACGCGCGACGCGCUCGCGACGGCGCUGCUGUGCGCGGGCGACGCGGCGCUCUUUGCCGUUGCGCUCUGGAUGUUCCCGCUCACGUUUGAGCUCUCGAACAUUGCGGCCAAGUCGAUGGACCGCGGCGUCGAGAAGGAGAAGAAGCAGAUCACGCGCUACGCGUGGACCGUGCACGGCCUCGUGCUCGUGUUUGCAGCUGUCGAAGCGGCGCUCGCGACGGCCUACGGCGGCUACACGCGGUCGACGCAGUGGUGCCUCGUGAGCGUCUACUUGGUGCAGUUUGUCAGCUUUGUCUACAUGGGGUGGCUCAUCCUGCGGCUCAAGCUCGGCGGCCGCAAGUACGAGAACGUCCAGGGCCAGUUCGUCACGUCGCCCGUCUACCAGCGCCUCAAGCGCAUCAUGAUCGUCUACGCGCUCUUUUCGCUGCAGUUUCAGAUCGCGUCCGUCGUCAUGUACGCGCUCACGGACUCGGCCGAGCAGCUGCUCGACUUGAUCAGCGUCAGUCUCUUGCUCUACCACCUCUCGGGCAUGGCGCUCGCGGUCACGACCAUGUGCAGUCAGGCCUGCGUGCUCAACCUCUUUCGCCCGUGCUUGCCGGACCACAUUGAAGCGCAGGUGCAGACGCGGUUCAUGCAGGGCGGCGACCUCUUGUCCCCACGGGACACGCAGGUGCUCAUUGAGUCGGCCGAGCCGCCGUUGGUGAACCCCGUGUUUGUGUUUACGGACAUUGAGUCGUCCAGUGCACUGUGGGCCAUUGGCGACGGCCUCGUGAUGCAACGCGCGACGGAGAUCCACGACAAUAUCCUGCGGGCGUCGCUCAUGAAGUACAGGGGCUACGAGAUCACGACGGCCGGCGACGCCUUCCAACUCGCGUUCCACACGGUGCGCGAAGCGGUCGAGUACUGCCUCGACGUGCAGCUCCAGUUGCUCGUGGCGAAUUGGCCCAAGGAGCUGCACGGAUUACUGCCCGUGACGAGGAGACAGCGGCUCGGGCAUCGCCUGAUCUUUGGUGGGCUGCGCGUGCGCAUGGGCAUCCACGACGCCGUGGACGCCGACGGCGCUCUGAUCCUCGACGUGCACGCCGUGACGGGCAAGAUGAUCUACACGGGCGCGUCGGAAGUCAUUGCGAACGAGAUUGGCGACUUGGGCGACGGCGGCCAAAUCCUCGUCACGAAGCGCGUGGCCGACUGGCUCGUCAUGUACGAAGACCUGGUGGCCAUUGCCUUUCUCGUUGACCGCGUCGGCGAGUACUCGAUCCCGCAGAUCAAGGCCAAGCUCGAGGUCUACCAGGUCCUACCAGAAGUGCUGAGCGGGCGCAAGAAGAUGUUUUCCUCGACGCUCAAGAAGCGCCGCGCAACCACAACGUCGUCCGUCUACUCGAUCGCAUCGAGCAAUCGGUCGCGCCUGUCGAGCAAUGGCGGUCCGAUCCCAAUGCCCGAGCAGCUCCGUCGAAUGUCAAGACCGCAGGCGCUGGUCCCGCCGCCUGAUCUGGUCGUGCCGCCGGUGCAAGGCGGCUUGAGUCGCUUUGGUCGAGUCCAGCGGUCGUUUCUGCGGCUCGAGCACGGCUCGUUUUACACGCGAGCGACCAGCAUGUAG